AUGGGCGGAGUCAAGAACAGGUUUUCCUUCCGCAACUUUCGCCCAGACAAAUACACGCCAUCUCUCUCUGAGCUCCGGGAAGAAAGUAGAGGCAGAAGAGAAAGUGCCUUUCUCAGUGCCGCCCGGAGAACAGAUAGGAGCCUCGAGGACCGUCUAGCGUCAGCCAAGAACGCCUCAAAGUGCCAUUACGCCAACACAGGGUCGUGGUUUGUCGUUACCCGAGAAGCCAUCCUAAAUAACGAUGAAUUCGAGGAAACCCCUCACAAACCCGACUAUGGGGACGAACCGAUCCCUCAGUCCAACUCCCCAGGUGGAAAACGGCGUCGGAAUCAUUUCACUCCUCCCGAGCCUCCUCCAGCAGCACCAAGCUCCAUUACGAUGCGACGACCCGAGUUUCCUUCCUCUCUGCCUACCCCUGCUCCUACUCCUACUCCUACCCCUACUUCUGCCUCUGCCCCUACCUCUGCCCCUGUCUCUGCUCCUGUUUCUGUAAUGGGGUCUACUCCUGCAAUGGAGUUUGAUCCCGCAAUGGAGUUUGAUCCCGCAAUGGAGUUUAAUCCUGCAAUGGAGUUUGAUCCUGCGAUGGAAUUGGAUCCUGUUGUUUUAAAGGAUAUACUCUCUGGGCUGCAGGACCAACCCCUUGCAUCCCAAGGAGAGGCUAUGGUUCCUACUACGCACUCGAACCCCCCUGAUGACUCACCGAACAGUAGUAUGGAAGAUGAACCCUUUGACUUCAACCUAUACCUCGUUGACAAGUGGCUGUCAUGA